CAAAACCUGUUCUAUGUUCUGUCUCUCCCAAAAAUCAAACGUUUUUUCUUUUUCUAUUAGAGAACGACGAUGGCGUCGAAGAAAACUCUAGUCCGAAAUUUCUUCAACAUUUCCAAAACCUAUUCCCGGGUUACCCGAGUGCGUCCUCCCACCAAAUCCGGCAUUAAUCCGGUCGUCGGAGAUUCUGGAAUACGCCGGAGAUUUAUUCACAAGAGGGCACUUUUCUGGCCGGAGAUAUCUCCAAAAGGAGGUACUCUGAUGGAAAAACUCAAGGAGCUGAGUUUGUCGAACAAUCGGAUUCGCCUCGACGAGAUGUUACCGCCACCGACGCCGGAGAAUACUACGUCUCCGGGAACUAUCCAGGCGGUUACGAUGGAAGACGUGAAGAAGCUGAUGAGGGCAGCGGAAAUGGAGAUGGUGAAAACGAGGCUGAGAGAGAUAGGGGAAAACUGGAUUUCCUAUUCGGAGUUUGUUCGGGUUUGCGGAGAAAACAAUUCGGAUCCUGAACAAGGUAACCGGGUCGCGAAUAUGCUCGAGGAAGGCGGAGACGUCAUCGUUUUGGGGAAUUUCGUCUGCCUUAAACCGGAAGAGUUAACAAACGCUGUGGCUGGUCUGAUUCCGACACACGAACCCACUCGCGACGCCGCGACAAAACAAGAGUUUGAGCAACUUGAGGUUAUUAAAUCAGAUAUCGACAAAAGAGCCGAAAAUAUGGCAAAGAGAGAAUUAUAUACAGGAUUAGGGCUUGUUAUAGCCCCAACGAUUGGGUGUUUUAGGUUGACGUUUUGGGAACUGUCUUGGGACGUGAUGGAGCCCAUAUGCUAUUACGUAAGUACGGCUUAUUUCAUGGGUGGUUACGCCUUCUUCCUCCGGACCUCAAAGGAACCUACCUUCGGAGGGUUUUUCAAAAGCCGGUUCGAGAAGAAGCAGAAACAGUUGAUUAAAUCGCUUGGUUUCGAUAUUGACCGGUUUACCAAGCUUCAAAAGAUACAUCGUCCAGAGUUGACUAGUUCAGCUGCCCCUUCUUGAUCUUAUUUCUUUUUUUAUUAUUCAGAUACGAAACGAAAUGUAUUAACGUCUAAAGGUUUUAUUGAGAUUAAAAUAAACUUUAUAAGGAUCUUUUACCUAAUGAAGUUUUAUUGAGAUUAAAAUAAACUUUAUAAGGAUCU